ACCUCUCCAUCCUUUGUUAUAUUGUAUCAGCCGGCCAACAUGCUGAACGUGACCAACGGCGACAGGCAGCAGCCGUCAGCUGUUGACUUCAUGGACAUCUGCGAGUCGAUCCUGGAAAGGAAGAGACAUGACAGCGAGCGUUCCUCCUGCAGCACAUUGGAACAGAAUGACUUUGAGGCCGUGGAAGCUCUAGUGUGUAUGAGUUCCUGGGGUCAGCGGUGUCACAAAGGAGACGUGCUGAAGAUGAGGCCACUGACUCCGGCUUCAGAUUCCUCCGAUUGCCUAAUGCAGUAUGAGUCCUCGCCACUCUUAUCUAAAGAUUUCCACUCUCUAUCCACCCUGUGCAUGACUCCUCCACACAGUCCAGAAUUCACCGAGCCGUGCUCAACACUCCCUCCUGCCUGCCAAGUGACAUAUUCCAAGCCAGUGACUGUCAUGUCCAGCAGUUCUCAGUGUUCCGUGUCCUCUUCGAACGCGUCCAAACCUUUGACUCCGGCAGUCCACAGCUUGUCCUCGCCGGGGUCUGAGGUGUCGGAAAGGUCACAGCCCUGCAGGGCAAUGGUCACAAGUGUCAUACGUCACACAGCGGACACAUCUGCCUUCCACCACCUACCCCAAUCUCCACCUAAAGCACCAACUAAAGCCCUGUCCUCCCGAAAGUGUGACAUCAAACAUUCCAAGUUCACCAAAGAGACUCCUGUCCAUGAGGACCUGACCAGAACCAGAUCUCCUAUGCACCUUCCACAGACUGAAAUUGCCGGUGCAAACGCUGGGAACCAGCACACGGCCAGCGUCCAGACGCAGCAACCAGUGAAAUGUGAAAGCGAACUCUCAAACGAGACCAGUCAUCUGGUUUCCGUUCCUGUUUCUAGUUCCCCUGUUCUCUGCCAGAUGAUUCCAGUAAACGGGCAACCUGGUGUCCUCUCGGCUUUUAUCAACACGCCCCCUCAAACCAUGUGCAAUACCAUUAAACCCAUUUUGCCCCAAACCGCCUCCCUUUCACAGCAAGUCCUUAUGGGCACCCCGGUGUCUCCAGGAACUGUUAUGUUUGUCCUUCCUCAGGCACCUGUCACUCAUCCACCUCAGCAUUGUCCACAGACUCUAAUGACAGUCGGAAACACAAAGUUAUUGCCUCUUGCCCCCGCUCCUGUAUUUAUUACGGCUGGCCAGACCAGCCCCCCACAAAUGGACUUUUCCCGAAGGCGCAACUACGUCUGCAAUUUCACUGGGUGCAGGAAGACGUACUUCAAAAGUUCCCACCUCAAAGCACACCUUCGAACCCACACAGGAGAAAAACCUUUCAGCUGUAACUGGGAGGGAUGCGACAAAAAGUUUGCCAGGUCAGACGAACUCUCUCGACAUCGGCGAACCCACACGGGCGAGAAGAAAUUCGCCUGCCCCCUGUGCGACCGCCGAUUCAUGCGCAGCGAUCACCUGACCAAGCAUGCCCGACGGCACAUGACCACCAAAAAAGUUCCCUCCUGGCAGCCAGAGGCCGGGAAGCUGAACAGGAUAACGACGUCUGAGCAGACAAGGAAUCCCGGGCCGUCUUUAAGCAUGCUGGUGUCCAUGACCCCCCCGGUAUACGAGUGACUGAACAAAUCCAUUCUAAUCAAAUGAAGCCUUUCGAUUCCCGCACUGAAUCACACAGAGACCUAAAACA